AUGGCUCCAACCCUUGGUUUUGGGCCUGGCUCCUCCAAGCUCGGUAGUCACAUGCUCCGCAACUCAUUCUACACCCACGCCCGCGGGAGGAAUUGUUACUCGCCAUCUGCCUCGCGACACAUGUUUCUGGCCUCUACGAGAUCGCGAUGCCUAUCACGGCCUUCGGCCUCUUCAAUUCGAACCUUUGCCUCCAAUUCGGGCAAGAGACCAAGAUUUUCCCAGCGCCUCGGCGAGGCCAUGCGAAACUCCAAAAUUCAAUGGUACCGGAUCCCUGUCGGUCUAGGUAUUGGUUUCCUCGGCCUCGUCCAGUUUUAUAAGGUCUCUUCCCGUGAGAAGGAGAGACUCGAGAAUGAAGAUGGACAGGAGGGUUCUAGGGCACCCAAGAAGCGUGCAAGAAUCCGACCUGACGGUCCUUGGCAAGUCCAGGUCAUGUCAACUCUACCCCUAAAGGCUAUUUCUAGGCUUUGGGGUCGAUUCAACGAACUUACCAUUCCUUACUAUCUUCGAGUUCCCGGUUUCAAGCUUUACUCUUGGAUUUUCGGUGUCAACCUCGACGAAGUCGCCGAACCCGAUCUCCACGUCUAUCCAAACCUCGCAUCCUUCUUCUACCGUACGCUCAAGCCCGGUGCUCGGCCACUUGAUCAGGAUCCCCAUACGCUCAUCUGCCCUUCCGAUGGAAAAGUACUUCAGUUCGGCCAGAUUCAGGGCAACGACAUUGAGCAAGUUAAGGGUAUGACUUACACUAUCGAUGCUCUUCUUGGAAAGAAUACUCCUGCUCCAAGCAUCUCCGGCGCUUCUGGUACUUCAACUCCCGCAACAAGCCAAGGCGACGUCUCAGAGGAGGAGUCGCUCGUUAAGCAACACGAGGAGUUUGCUCAAGUCAAUGGCAUUUCAUACACUCUUCCCGACCUUCUCACCGGCACUGGAAAACAGGCUCCUUCGGCAAAGGACGAGUCUAUGCCCGCGUCUCCUGGUACAGUUUCUGAGGUCCGUGCCGAACUCGCCCUCGGUGAGCGACCUUGGUACGAUCUCAUAUCUCCCGACAAUACCACAUCGCUUUACUAUGCAGUUAUCUACUUGGCUCCUGGCGACUACCACCGCUUUCACUCUCCCACGAACUGGGUUGUUGACCGCCGACGUCACUUUGCAGGAGAACUAUAUAGCGUAUCCCCAUAUCUUCAGCGAACCCUCCCCGGUCUUUUCACACUCAACGAGCGCGUGGUUCUUUUGGGCCGUUGGCGCUGGGGCUUCUUCAGUUAUGUCCCAGUUGGUGCCACCAACGUCGGUUCCAUUGUGAUCAACUUUGAUAAGGAACUCCGAACCAAUAGUCUGUUGACUGACACGGCAGCAGACCGUGCAGCGGAGGAAGCUGCCCGCAGGGGUGAAGUGUACCAUGGAUUUGCUGAAGCGACAUAUGAAGCAGCCAGCCCUGUUCUGCGGGGUCAUGCCCUCCGACGCGGUGAAGAAAUGGGCGGUUUCCAGUUGGGUAGCACCAUCGUACUCGUUUUCGAGGCACCCUCAAGCAAAACAGAUGAGAACAAUAGACAUGUCGGUUGGGAUUGGGCUGUACAGAAGGGACAGAAGGUGAAAAUGGGACAAGUGCUGGGACGGGUCAUUGAGUGA